AUGAAGUCGAUUCUCACCUCACGUUUGUUUGUGCACUUUGUUGCUAUUACUAGGUCUGGGAGGCCAUCUUAUCAGGAUUCUUGGACUAACAGCAUUGUCUGGCAUCAAGGAGACCUGCUUUCACCUGAUUCAUUUAAGAGUGCAAUGACUGGAGUGACUUCUGUGAUCUCAUGUGUUGGAGGUUUUGGCUCAAACCCGCAUAUGUACAGAAUUAAUGGGACUGCAAACAUAAAUGCUGUAAUAGCUGCAGCAGAGCAAGGUGUAAAAAGGUUUGUGUAUAUCUCUGCUGCUGACUUCGGUAUAUUGUAUUAUUUACUGCGAGGAUAUUUUGAGGGCAAGAGAGCCACUGAGACGGAGUUAACGAAGAAACUGCCACAUGGAGGUGUAAUUCUGAGGGCUGGCUUUAUUCAUGGGACUCGUCGGGUGGGGCACAUGAAGUUGCCUCUAAGUGUCAUUGGGGCUCCUUUGGAGAUGAUUCUGAAGCGUGCAAAACUGCUGUCCAAAAUUCCGCUAAUUGGUCCACUGUUUAUACCUCCAGUCCAUGUAACUUCUGUGGCAAAGGUAGCUGUAACUGCUGCAAUAGAUCCAACGUUCCCUCCUGGCAUCAUCGACGUAUAUGGUAUACUACAACAUGGCCACCAAAAAUCAGCUUAGACUUGUUAGGAGAUCUCUUCUCUGUAUUUUUUUAUUAUUAUUGUUCUGAUUAUGCAUAUCAAUAACCAGCUAUUGAAUAGUGAGAAAAAUAAUAUUUCUCUGA